CGGGUACCGGCCCUUUUUGUUGCUAAUCCCCAAUCAUUAUUCACACACCACAGCCAUCACCAAGGCGCUGAAGGGUUCGUAGGCGUUUUUUUAAAUCGCGUAUCAUCUGCUCACCUACCAGUCGACUUGAAUCACCCCGAGCUUCGCCACACUCGACAGAUCGAUACGAUGUCUCUACCACGAAGAUCGUACGAUCCAAGGCGGGUCUGCCUGUUGCCCUUGCCUCCUCUUCCCAGCUUUGUUCGCGCAAACAAGCGCACAUUUGGCAUCUACGCGUCGGGUGCCCUCUUCAGCAUUGGCUGGUGGGUGUUCUUGGAUGCCGUCAUCUUGAGCUCCAUUAGCAUGAAACGGCCAGCGGAGGAUGUGCCUUGGUCAGAACCAGCAACCUACAUGAGCUUCGCGGACUGGAUUCCAGGCCUCUGCGGGACUUUAGGAAUGAUCGUUGUCAACUUGAUAGACAAGCAGGUCUUGGGAGAAGCCGGAGGAGCGUUCGCGUUUGGUGGCGGAAGCGGCGGGGGAUGGGGAGAUGGAGGUACUCAAGUCAGAGCCAGGAUGUUUCUCUUUGUCGGAUUCGCACUCAUGGCUGGCGGACUGGCUGGAAGCCUCACAGUCCUCACGAUCAAAUAUUUGGUGGCAGCGCUGCCUCCUGGCUACGAGCACUAUGGCAUAGCAAAUGUGAUUCAAAACGCUUGCCUGAUGCUGAGCACCAUCUUUCUAUGGAUGAGUCAAAAUGCGGACGACGAAUAUCGGUACGAAUUAACAAUCUGAGUCAAGCGCCACCAACCAGCUGUGACGCGCUUGGUCCCCGUUCGACGCGCUCGACCCCUUGAGGAGCAUUCACUCGCACCAGCUGUCCAGUCGCCAAUGUCACACAUCUGCUCUGAUUCUGCGCGCGAUGACUUGAUGAGUAAUGCACUUGCGAUUGUCUUACAAAUGAGCA